AUGGAGGCCACCAGCGCGCAAUUCCAGACCCUAUAUACCGCCAUGUCGGCCUUCGUGGACUCCUGCAUGUCCGGCCACGAUCCAUCCCACAAUCCAGCCCACGUCCACCGGGUCGCUGCGUUGGCGAACACCAUCCUCGAAGCCGAGCAGGCGCUACACCCUGCCUCAAGGCUCGACGCAGUCGUGGUCAAGCUCGCAGCCCUGCUGCAUGACAUUGGAGACCGAAAAUACCUCCCAAGCCUCGCAUCUGCAACGGGCGACCAAGCCGAAGCGACACUUGACCCCAAGAUCAUGGUGGAAUUUGCGCUGCUCAAGCACGGUGCCCCGGCGGAGCUCGCCGCCAAAGUGCAGAUGGUUGUAUCACAUGUCUCGUAUACAACCGAGUGCAAGGAUCCAUCUGUGAUUCGACGGUUGAUUGAUCAGCAGGGGUAUCCUGAGCUAGCAGUUGUGCAAGACGCGGACCGGCUGGAUGCAAUUGGCGCUAUUGGCAUCGGGCGAACUUUCACCUUCCUUGGUGCGCAGGGGAAGAAGUUUGCUGGGGAUGGCAAGUGGGAGAUGAACAACUCCAUUGAGCAUUUUGUGGAGAAGCUGGAGAGGCUCGAGGGGAUGAUGAAGACGGAGACUGGGCGGAAGAUGGCACAAGUGCGGACGGAGAGGCUUAAAACUUUCCGUGGUUGGUGGGAAGAGGAGAUGGAAGUUGCUACGGUCUAA